UCCUCUGUUCCUGCUAUAAAGCAAACCACACAGCACUUUCAUCUACGGAGUUUGUGUGUGAGUGAGUGUGUCCUCCAGGCUGUGAUGGCAGCAGUAGGAGCCCCAACGGUCCCUGCUUGUGUGACCAAGGUGGCACUGAAUGUCUCCUGCGAGCAUCUGCUCGACAUGGAUACGUUCUCAAAGUCUGACCCUCUGUGUGUGCUUCUCAUGAACACCUCAGGAUCUCAGUGGUGUGAGAUUGGACGGACAGAGGUAAUCAAGAACUGCCUCGAUCCCAAGUUUUCCAAGACUUUUGUCAUCGACUACUACUUUGAGAUGGUACAGAAGCUGAAAUUUGAGGUGUACGACAUUGACAGCGAAAACCACAGUCUAAAAGAUGCUGACUUCCUGGGAGAACUAGAGUGUACCUUGGGACAGGUUGUGUCCUCAAAGAAACUAACAAGACCACUUGUCAUGAAGGACAAGAGACCAGCAGGGAGAGGAACUAUCACUAUAUGUGCUGAAGAAAGAACAGACAACAGGGUGGUGGAAUUUGAAGCUGCGGGUAGAAAACUGGAUAAAAAGGAUUUCUUUGGCAAGUCUGACCCUUUCCUGGAAUUCUACAAGCAGACAGCAACUGGAUGGCAGCUCUGUCACAGGACAGAGGUGAUGAAAAACACCCUAAACCCAGUAUGGAAACCAUUCCGAAUCCCGCUGCAGUCACUCUGUGGAGGCGACGUGGAGAAAUCUAUAAAGGUAGAUUGUUACGACUACAACAGCAGCGGAUCUCACGACUUCAUUGGAUCCUUUCAGACCACACUCUCCCAAAUACAGCAAGGAUCACAGACAUAUGCGGCCGAGUUUGAAUGCAUCAACAGUAAGAAGAAACAGAAGAAGAGAGGAUACAAAAACUCUGGUGUUAUCAUUGUAAAAAAAUGCAAGAUAGUGAAGGAGUACACUUUCCUGGAUUACAUCAUGGGUGGCUGUCAGAUUAACUUCACUAUUGCUAUUGAUUUCACAGGCUCAAACGGGGAUCCCAACACCCCUCAGUCCCUCCACUACAUCAACCCUCAGGGCUAUAAUGAGUACCUGGCAGCUAUCUGGUCUGUGGGAAACGUCAUCCAGGACUAUGACAGUGACAAGUUGUUCCCUGCUUUGGGAUUUGGAGCCCUGAUCCCUCCUACAUGGAAGGUCUCCCACGAGUUUCCCAUCAACUUCAAUCCAUCAGAUCCAUUUUGUGCAGGUAUAGAGGGUGUGGUCCAAGCCUACCAGCAGUGUCUACCCCAGGUGAAGCUUUACGGUCCCACAAACUUUUCCCCAAUCAUCAACCAUGUAGCCCAUUUUGGCAGGCAAGCCGUGCAGCAGGAAACUGCUUCUCAAUACUUUGUCUUGCUGAUCAUCACUGACGGAGUGAUCACAGACAUGGAUGAGACACGCAGGGCCAUUGUCAACGCCUCUCGACUGCCCAUGUCAAUCAUCAUUGUUGGAGUAGGUGGGGCAGACUUCAGUGCCAUGGAGUUCCUGGAUGGAGACGAGGGAAUUUUACGCUCCGCUGAAGGCGAGGCUGCCAUGCGGGACAUUGUGCAGUUUGUGCCUUUCAGGCAGUUCCAGAAUUGUCCUCAAGAAAUGCUUGCUCAGAGCGUCUUGGCAGAAGUCCCAGGUCAGGUGGUGGGCUUCUUUAAUACAAUGAAAUUGAGGCCACCGCACAGUGGCACACCUGUCUCCGACCUCUCAGCGUCAGCACCCCCAAGUGAUGUGUCCUGAGGGACAGUAUGCAAUAUCCACUCUGUCUGUCAUGUUUUGAUUUGUAAAUACUAUGAACUAAUGUUGCAAAGCCAUAGUCAUUGUCAAACAUUUUCUAACAUUUUUUAACAUGCGCUUAAUGUAGAUAUUUAAUGGGACACGUUCAGUCAAUCAGUUUUUUUUAUUUGUCACGUGUAAUCAUAUGAUGAACAAUUCCACUGAAAUGCAAACCUGCCAGUUCCUUCAAGCCAGGAUUGUUAAGAAUUUGAAUCAUUUCUUUUUGAAUUGAUCUGCACAAUCUAGGGCAUUCAUUAAAACCAGAGUGACUUGAUUUGAAGUCUGGUGGUUAACAGUCAUCUCAUUUGUCUGUCAGAAUGUCUACUUGAAAGGGCUCGAGUAUUUAAUGUGCUCUUCAUGAUUAUGCUAAUAUUUCCUCCAUCAUCUCCAUGUUGCAACAUAUAACAAUGGCCGCUUGUUUUUAUGCGUUCAUGUUUCCCUGCGAAAUGAAGCAUACACAUCCAUUGAAAUCAUAUGCCUUGGACAAAGCACUGGCUAUAUCAGAUACAAUUCAGAGAUGUUUACAUAAAGAAUCCAUACAUAAUGGAUUAAUACGUCUGCCUUUAUUAAUACUUUUUGUAGAUUUUACACAACAGAAGGAUUACAUGUGACCUUGGUGCUGUUUUCUACUUUAACCAGUUUGUUUUUUUAAAAUCCAGUUCCAUAUUUGAUUUGACAUAAGAGUGUUAAACGAGACUCCAUUAAGGUGAUUAAUUAUUGACAAUGCAUGUUAACGCUAAUGUUCAUUACAUUUUUACUUUGUCUUAAGAGGAUUUAAAACUUCUCGCUGUACUGACUGUUAUGAAAAUGGCCUACUACAUUUCACCAAAUGUAUUUGUGUAUCUGUUGUUAAGAUAAGUCGUUUGCACCAAUCUAUGUGGCAUUGCCUUACGUAUUAUACAUAUCUCGUCAUGGACUUUGAUUUUAUGAAUUUUUUAUUUAAACAUAGCAAUGCAAGAAAAAAAUCAUAUUGUACCUACAUUUAUAGCCAGCUUCUGUUUCAGUAUUUUUAUGUAAAAUUCUUAGAUAAUUUGAGAGAUCUUUUUAAAGUUUGCCAAUGCCUUCAUCUCAUGACAAUAAAGAAAUACUAUGAAUUUUCA